AUGCUGCUCAGUUACAUGGAGUCUUUAAUAAGAAAUCCCAUAAAAAGAAAAGUUCCUCUAAGGACCUAUGCAAUUUUAGCAGCUUUAACCCUGGGCACCAUGUCACUGUCUAAUCUAGCUUUAAGUUACCUGAAUUAUCCAACUCAAUUAAUAUUUAAGAGUUGUAAGCUCAUUCCUGUGAUGAUAGGCAGUAUUGUUAUAUUGGGAAAGAGAUAUAGUUUUUUGGACUAUUUGGCUGCUGUAAUUAUGUGCAUUGGACUUACAAUGUUCACUCUAGCCGAUUCGAAAACUUCGCCUAACUUUGACGCGAUAGGCGUGCUAGUUAUUUCGCUGGCGUUAUUAUGCGACGCCAUUAUCGGCAAUGUGCAGGAGAAGGCGAUGAAACAAUUCCAUGCCUCUAACAACGAAGUGGUUUUCUAUUCGUAUGCUAUUGCUUGCUGCUAUCUUUUAGUUAUAACUGGUACCAGUGGGAUCUUCGUAAACGGAUUUGCAUAUUGUUCCAAGAACGCCGUAACGAUGUACACCAACAUAUUUCUUCUGAGCGUAAGCGGGUACAUGGGCCUCCAGGCGGUGUUAACGUUGGUGAGGAUCUGCGGAGCGACGGUCGCCGUCACCGUUACAACCAUGAGGAAAGCCCUUUCCAUCGUCAUAUCGUUCUUACUUUUCAGCAAGCCGUUCGUCUUCCAGUACGUUUGGUCGGGAUUGCUAGUCGCACUUGCAAUAUAUUUGAAUCAUUACAGCAAGAAACAUCCGCAUUACGUUCCAAUGCCCUUGCUACUGUGUUGGCAUUAUAUUCAAUCCUUCUAUCAGUCCGAAUAUAGAUACCUUAGGAUUAAAAGCAAAAUAUACACUGACAUCGUAUAG